AUGAAGAGAAGAUUGUUACGCUCUAAUUUUUUUUGGCUACACACUGAACUCAACGCGCACUUCUCCGAUCUGUGUCUUCUAGCUCGAUCUCUCUCCACAAUGCGUCCCUGAUUCUUUUCCCCUUUCAGUUUCAGAUUGUUGAAGGCUUUGAGUGGAGAAGUGAGUGAUGGCAUCGAAGCAAGGUGUGAAACCGAGGAGAUUCGGAGGAGCGAGCAGCACCUCCAAGGGCGCCGCCAAUUCGCCUACGUCUUCCACCACGUCGUCGUCUAAGCAGUUUCUAGAAACUUCCGUUGACGGACAGAGCUCCCCUGCUUCUUCCUCCGCUCGAAGCAAGCCGCACGCGUUCUAUCCGGAACCUGUGCCGUUGGAUGUACACAGGGCCAAAGAGAAUGUCACCGUCACCGUCCGAUUUCGUCCUCUCAAUCCGAGGGAGAUUCGUCAGGGAGAAGAGAUUGCUUGGUAUGCUGACGGAGAAACCAUAGUGCGAAACGAGUAUAAUCCCUCCAUAGCGUAUGCAUACGAUCGUGUCUUUGGUCCCACGACCACAACUCGUCAUGUUUAUGAUGUUGCUUCUCAGCAUGUUGUUAGUGGUGCUAUGGAGGGCAUCAAUGGUACAAUAUUUGCAUAUGGGGUAACAAGCAGCGGGAAGACUCAUACAAUGCAUGGUGAUCAAAGAUCUCCCGGAAUCAUACCUCUUGCCGUGAAGGAUGCUUUUAGCAUUAUCCAAGAGACUCCAAAUCGGGAGUUCCUCCUUCGUGUUUCAUACUUGGAGAUAUACAAUGAGGUUGUUAAUGACUUACUAAAUCCAGCAGGACAGAACUUAAGAAUCAGAGAGGAUGCUCAGGUGCCAAUUAUAGCUUUUCAGCACAGACAUGUGGGAUCCACAAACUUCAACCUACUCAGCAGCAGGAGCCAUACAAUAUUUACCCUGACCAUAGAGAGUAGUCCAUGCGGUGAAAAUAGUGAAGGAGAAGCUGUGACACUGUCACAACUGAAUCUCAUCGAUCUGGCAGGUUCUGAGAGCUCAAAAGCUGAAACAACUGGCAUGAGAAGAAGAGAAGGAUCUUAUAUCAAUAAAAGUCUUCUAACUCUUGGAACUGUCAUUUCAAAAUUAACCGAAGAUAAACCCAGUCACAUACCUUAUAGGGACUCCAAACUGACUAGACUACUUCAGUCUUCACUCAGUGGUCAUGGACGUGUAUCUCUUAUCUGCACAGUGACUCCUUCCUCAAGUAGUACUGAGGAGACACAUAAUACAUUGAAGUUUGCUCACCGGGCAAAGCAUAUUGAAAUCCAAGCAGCACAAAACAAAAUAAUUGAUGAGAAGUCACUUAUCAAGAAAUACCAACAAGAGAUUCAAUGCCUAAAGGAAGAAUUGGAACAACUAAAGAGGGGUAUUGUUACAGUUCAACCAAAAGAUACUGGGGAAGAUGACAUUGUGCUUCUGAAACAAAAGUUAGAGGAUGGUCAAGUUAAGUUGCAAUCCCGAUUGGAACAAGAAGAAGAAGCUAAAGCUGCUUUGUUAGGAAGAAUUCAACGGCUGACUAAACUGAUUUUGGUCUCCACAAAAGCAUCACAUUCAACCAGAUUUCCUAACAGGCCUGGUCCUCGUAGAAGACAUUCCUUCGGAGAAGAGGAGCUGGCAUACCUUCCAUACAAGAGGCGGGAUUUAAUCUUGGAUGAGGAAAAUAUUGAUUUGUAUGUUAAUCUGGAGGGAAAUGUUGAAUCAACUGUUGAUUCUUUGAAGGAGGAAAAAAAGACAAAGAAACAUGGACUACUAAACUGGUUGAAGUUACGUAAACGAGACGGUGGCUUGACAGGCACUAGUGAUAAAUCCAGUGGUGCAAAAUCUACCAGCACACCUUCAACACCUCAAGGAGAAAGUGGUAACCAUGCAGAAUCCCGGCUUUCUCAUUCUCUAGCUGCAGAAAGUUCUCCAUCGGCUGAUCUUAUAUCAGAGGCAAGAGAGGAUAAAGAUACUCACGAGGAUAGUUUAUUGGGACCAGAAACACCUUUGACAAGCAUCAAGUCAGUUGAUCAGAUCGAUCUUCUAAGGGAGCAGCACAAGAUUUUAUGUGGAGAAGUUGCCCUUCAUUCAAGUGCUUUGAAGAGGCUGUCUGAGGAAACAGCACGAAAUCCUCAGGAUGGUCAGAUUCAUGUGGAGAUGAAAAAGCUGAAAGAUGAAAUCAAGGCAAAGAGCGAACAAAUAGAUUUGCUGGAAAAGCAAAUUUCUAAUUCUGUCGUUGUUUCAGAUAAGAUGGAUCAAUCAGGAAUAUCACAGGUACAUUCAAUUGACGUUAUUUUUUGUGCUGUUUCACUUGUUAGCAGUCCAGGAUGGUGCAUGAACAUAUUGCCUUGCUGCCGGCUGUUUUCUGACGAGUCCAAUGUUAUUGUGCUAAUUCAGGUCAAAGUAGCAGAUAAUCAUAUAAUUCAAGAACAGCUUAAUCAGAAGAUUGGUGAAUGUGAAAAUCUGCGAGAAACGAUUGCCUCUCUGAAACAGCAACUUGAAGAUGCACCGGAGUUGAGAAAUUUCAGCGCUGCAGCAAAUCAUUCUCAACAUUGUGAACUUCAUCUUGACCAGGGAAAUGAGUUGAUAAAUGAUACAAAUGAAGGGCUGCUUUUACAAGCACAGGUAUAUUCUUAUCAUGUAGAAGAGCUGAAGCAGAAGGUGAAAGAACUAACAGAUGCAAAAGACCAGCUAGAACUUCGAAAUCAGAAACUGGCAGAAGAGAGUUCAUAUGCUAAAGGACUAGCUUCAGCUGCUGCUGUUGAGCUCAAGGCAUUGUCAGAAGAAGUUGCCAAACUCAUGAAUCAUAAUGAAAGACUAGCUGCUGAGCUAGCUGCAUCCAAGAAUUCAUCUUCGCAGCGCAGAACCAGUGGAACUGUACAAAAUGGACGAAGGGAAAGUCAUGGUAGACUCAGACGAAAUGAUCAGGGUGGAUCAAAUGCAGAUGUCAAGAGAGAAUUAGCCUUGAGUAAAGAAAGGGAACUUUCAUAUGAAGCUGCUCUUUUAGAGAGAGAUCAGAAGGAGGCCGAGCUUCAAAGAAAGGUUGAGGAAUCUAAGCAAAGAGAAGCGUAUCUUGAAAAUGAGCUUGCUAACAUGUGGGUUCUUGUGGCAAAGCUAAAAAAGUCGCAAGGAGCUGACAAUGAUGCUUCUGCGUCAACCAGAGAGUUUCAAUUUAAUGAGUUUGACAUUUGAUAUUGUGGCUUUCAAGUUGAUCCAUUGUUAGCUUAUUAGAAUUUGGUUUUGAUAGGAGUGGUUUCAGAGAGGAGUGUGUAAAGAUUUGUUUUUCCGCAGGAAUGUGUGCUUUUCUCUUCCCCCUCCAUCAUUGUCCUUUUUGGUCCAUAUAAAAAAAAAGGCUUCCCCAUUUGUAUAAUCCUUGCUUCCCUUCUUUCCUUCAUUGCUCCAAAUGUUGUGCUAAUUCGCUCCCUUUUUAUUUGGUUCGCAUCUCUAUAGGGAUAAUGCUUUAAUGCAUGUAAAGUAAUAUUAUUGGUUUCUAAUGUUCAUUCAUAAUGAAGUUGCGAUUGUGUUUGACCC